AUGUUGGACGGCUUCGAAGACACAGAACGCGAGAUAGAGCUGCGACUCCAUAUACACAGCCUGCUCGACCAAUAUUUUCUCGACCACGGUCUGACCAAAGACUAUAUUGAGUGGUCAACAGAACAGGUUAUAGAUAUUCUUUCCGAGGGCCUCAAAUCUAUCCCAAUGACUGCAUCCACCAACAUUGCUCUACCUCGCGACCCCUUCGAGAUCUUGUGGAAUCAGCUCCAGCUCGGUAAACUCGAGCCGUAUAGCCCCCGUUGGGUGAUCAAUGACCGCAACACCAUCUCGUUGAUCAGACGGUGCCUGUCUCUCGUCCCAAAAAAGGUAUCGGAGUCCUACUUGUACAAGGACGAUCACGAUGUCCAUGACUCUCCUCACCCUCUCUCCCCAGUUCUCACCUGGAAGUCCAUGAGAGAAACGCCACGUCCCGGAAAAAACACCUAUCCCGGAAAGUCGGUCAAUAAUCUGCAAGAGGUGCUUCAAACGUACAAUAUCUCUCGAGUGGAUGAUGUCGCCAUGGAGGAUAUUUACGUACGAGAGGAAGAUGCGCUAGGUUACAAACUCCAGAUUGACUCAAAAGAAUGCGCCCGCAUUAUGUCACUCAUGAAGUCCAUCCCGUUGAUGAAGCGGCAGCAGAGCGAACCUCAUGUUCCACAAGCCAUGCAGGAUUUCCUGCGAGCGGAUUCUCCUGUGCCCUUGGCCCCGGAAAGUCUUGAACUGCCGAUAUUUUCACGAAACGAUCCGGGGCGCUCAAUACUCAAGGAAGACCCCGGAGAUCGUCGAUUAUCCACCUUCCUAGAAUCAAUCCCAGGCCUGUCAAAGUUGUGGCCUCGCCCUGUUGAGAUCAUGGAGGAGGAGGAGGACAUGGCGAAUGCGCAUCUUGCUGUGCUAGAUGCACUCCACCCCUUCAAACUACCGUCAUCGCCGUUCACACUAGGCACGCCGUCACUAUCGAACGAUUCAGAUGAACAUGAAGGAGCUAUGAUACCCUCAUCUCCCAAACACGUCUUGGAUCGACCUUUCAGCCCAAUGGAAACCGUCAUAUUCCCCAGGUCAGAGACGAUAGGAGGCACAAUCAGGCCACACACACCUGUCUUCGGUGAUGGCAAGUUAUCAAGUUUCGUUUCUCAGUACAUUAAGGCCGUUCCAAUGGGCUGCGAAGCGAACAUCGUACUAUCUCCGAAGUUACGUUCAUCAUCCCCACCGAUAACGCUCUCCAUGCUGGGGCAACCACCAACGGAAGCGGAAGUUCUCCCAGCGGCCGAUGAUGCCCAAAACCCUGCCACAGGGAGGCGCGAAAUCCGGAUAUUAAACAGCGACGAUACGGACGACUUCAUCUUAAAGGCAGUGGAAAAAGCAUGUGGCGGUCCUCUAAGCGAUUAUGACCCUUUCCGUCCAAUCCUUGAAGAGAAGUUAGAUGAAACAGAGAGCAUUUUCAUGGACGUACCAAGAAUGCGUGACCCCACCGAAUAUCCACGAGAGCAGCUCCUUCCGACCACGCUUCACGACCUCGUUUCGCUAAAGCCCCAGCUCGCCAAUGUUGAGGAGCAAGAGAGCAAACCCGGAUUCCAUUUCCUGAAGAAGGCAAAAGGACUGUCCGCUUUAAACCUGUCUCUAAGUUGGACACCGUUUAAAUAUCGCAACACGGUCCCCACGCAGGAAGACAUAACCGGGCUGACUGAAAGAGACUUGACUGAGAAGCUUGCGAACAAGAUUGAACUGCCUCGCGACGAGAUAGCUGCUAGAGUUUCUGCCUUACUCGAUGACCUUGCAAUUCAAGAUACACUCCCUGGUAUGGAUCUCGUACCCUCCUCGACGGCGCUUCGAGGCGACCACGCUUCGGAUGAGGUUCCAUCGAAGAUCUAUGUCACUUCGCAAGAACCAGAGUUUAUUCUCCCUCGCUCAGACCAACGGCGACUUGCUGGUAUGUCUAUCGAAGAGGAUUGGGACUGGGAGGGUAGCGACACCCAAGACACAACGUCCCCUGAAGAAAGUUCUUUCACACAGCCUCCUCUCAAACGGGUCUAUGGCUGGGACCCCACUUAUCAGCUCGAAUCUGGUAUAGUUGUGUCGGAACAAACUCUAGGCGACGAACGGACUGUGCUCAUGCGUACAAUCAACGACUCUGGAAAUUUCGAGGCAGAUAACAUCCGCUGUCCUCCCCUCUUAGACAUCGACUGGCUGGAUCCCUAUUACGGCCUCGGUGUCUCUCCGCAGCACAACAGUGUCUAUACUGAAGUUCUCCGAUCACACGCUGCCCCAAUGCUCUCUUCGGUGUUGCCUGACGGAGACGAAACGAGUCCCUCGCAGCCUUCGGAAGACGGCGUCAUUGACGUCAUUUCCUCGUUCGAUAACACUCUACCACCCCACCCUAUCAAUCUCAUUGAAGCUCACGCUCUCGACUCUGUCAACACACAACCCCAAAUUAUCGACCCUUCUAGUGCGAUUGGAGAUGCGGUGCCGCUCGACUCGCUCCAGCAAUUUCUAGCUCUCUUCGGGAAGGUCGUGCAAGUAGAGGAGGCGCCAUCCUCCGAACUAGAUCAACCGUAUCAGCGUCAACACCAAUCCCUCCCGCUAUCUCACUGGCUGUCCGACGAUUACGUGCCACCCGACACUAUUCACCGCUACAUGGCCUCGAUGGAUUUUAUCCAGCGCCGCGCCCUCGUCCGCGCGCUUCGAGCCUACUGCGCUGUCGAGCUGAUCGAGCGAGAACGCCUUGGAGUAUCGUCUUCUCCCAACGCCGCCACUACUCCCAAUAAUUCAGAUGACGCUCACCUCAUUCUCGACGUCGACGCCGCCGUUCUCUUCGUACCGCUGGAGCUUCUCCCGGCGCGCGGCGCCGCCCUCGCGGAGCUCCUCGCCCGGCUCUCCUGGCGUUACUUGUGCCAGCUCGUCAUCCUGCAGUGCUACCCCUCUUCACACGACAUCCGCGGGGACUCGAGCCUCGACUCGUCCGCAGCCCAGGCGAACAUUGCCGAAGGCAUGGACACCAAGCGCGCUGGCUCGGCGGUCGUCUAUGCGUUCGCCGCCAGCGUCGAAGAGGCUGCCGCGUGCGCGCGGGCAUAUGGGGACAUAACACAUGCGGAGGCGCACGGCGCGGUACGGUGCCCGCGAGAGUGGUUGACGCACGAGGAGCGCGAUGGCGAGGACGAAUUGUCCAGCGUGGACGGCAUGAAUCUCUUCGCCGCGUCGCUUCUUCUCUCACAGACAACGCUCGAGAAGUUGCUCGAGACGAGCCCAGACGAGCGGCUGGUCGAGUACUCCGACCUCGUCGGCGCGGAUCGUAUGAAAACUUUCAACGAGUACAUCGCGAGGCGUUUGGAAGUGAUAGAGUUGCCGCCAUCCUCACCGCCUCCCGAGGACGUCAAACCCGACUCGUCUUCCGACCGCUCGACGUCGUUGUUUGGAGAGGGCGAUCACAGCGCUGAGUGUUGA